UACACACUAAAACGAUCUACCACACGCACAGCUGAUUACUGUUUCUGGCAAAGUAGUUGUGCUUUGUUUUUGUCCAUAAAACAAAACUUGUUUGCUAAAUUAAGUAGGAAAGCCUAACUAUUUUGAUCAAGGAUGUUUGUUAGCUAUCAACUUCGAUAAGCAGGCAAGCAGGUGUCGCAAGGAGAAGAGAAAGCCAGUCAAUUGUCGCGCCAACUGCAUCAACAACAACAACAAAGAACCACAAUCGGCAGUCAUCAACGCGGGCCGCAGACAAACGUCCGUGUCAGUGAAAUUGUGACUCACGCCACUGAACCACAAGCCCCACAUAAGUCAUGACAGGGACUGCAUCUAGAGAAGCUGAAGUUGCUGCAGCAAAGACCAUAAACACGCUGCUGCACUUGCCCGCGCAUAUGGAGCUGAGCCAAAUCGAGCUGAUCUACCGGGCGGAGGGUAAUGCAAAUUUGGUGCUGGCAUUGCCGCAAUUUAAAAAAGUUUUGCGUUUGCCAAAAAUGAUAUCCAGCAGACAGGCGCUACAACAACAGCGAAGUAUUCGUCCGCAGGCGCAGCCGGAAGCAAAGCAACAGCAACAAGAGCGAAGUCCGCCCCAUGUUUCCAUGAAAACUAAAACAUCAAGAGAAAAAGCUGGCGACUUGACAAUGCCGGAUUUUAUGGCUUAUAUCGAGAUAAUGCGCCGUCUAUUAGGAAAUGAGUUUGUCUGCGAAGCGGAUAUUGUUGCCAUACCAAAGGAAAGCGAUAGAUUUUGGAUAAACGACCACAUACGCAACGCCAGGCCAAUUGCGCGUCUGGAUAAGGAAUUUGUGGGGCCAUUCGGUCUGCUGAUGCCAGAUGUGACCCAGUUGCCGCCCAUGUUCGAUACGCUGCUCGCCAACUUACAGGCAAAGGGCACGAGCACGGAUACGGACACGAGCGUGGACAUGGGAACAACAACAACAACGAUUCUGGGAGAUACAUAUGCCAUCGAAAUAAAACCAAAACAAGGUUGGAUGCUGUUGCCAAGUGAUGUCAGCGAUUUAUUUGAUUUAACGCCAGCAGGCGCGACAGCAGCAACAGUAAUGCCCACUCCAGCAGUGGGUCGCCAGCAGGCUACAGGAAGCACUGCAACAACAACGGUCAUUUCGACAAGCAAUGUUGCUGCCACUGAACAAUCGUUGCCAAUUGCAACGGCAGCCAAGUUAACAAAACCAGACUGUAUGUGUCGCUUCUGCAGCAUGCAACUACUGAAGCUGAAGAAUGGGAAAAUCAAGCGAUUGAGCGCCUAUUGCCCUAUGGAGCUGUUUUCCGGUGCACCCGGUCGUAUGCUUGAUGCCUUGAGUGCACUUUUUGCCUGUCCGCAAAAUAAUUUACGUGUAUUCCGCAACGGCAAUUUAAUUUAUGGCGAUCAUGAAAAUUCGAUUUCCUGCGAGGAGCUUCAUAGUCGAGUUUUUCAAGGUGAAAUUAUGGUGCUUAUAAAACAUUUGUUGGUCGCCUGCCUGCUCAGGGAAUAUAGCCAGGACGGCCACGUAGCUGCAGAGCUGUACGUGGAUCCAAAGGCAGCGCAGUCGACAGAAGUAGAGGCAGAGUCAGCAGCAGAUGAAAAGACAAAAGCGGAAGCCGAAGCUGAGACUGAGACUGAGGCUGAGGCUCAAGCUGUGGAAAUUGGCGCACCUAAUGUGAAAGCGACUGUAGAUGCUAGUGCGGGAGCUGUAGAUGACAUUGUUAAAGCUGCCGCUGGUCAACCGCAACGCUUGAAUGCAGCAGUAGUAGCAGCCGUAGCAGCAGCAACAACAACAACAGCAACGAGAGCAGCUGCUGCAAAAGAGACGCAAAGGUAUACAAAACGUGGCAAAGUAACUAAAACAACAACUGCAACAAGAACGGCAAGGCAAACAACAACAGAAUCUGUAGAAGCAACAAUGGCAACAGCAACAUCGACCUGGGAAAGCACAACAAUUGAGCCAAGCACGUGCGCAAAGUCAACGAGAACGACAACUACAACGACAGCGAAUGUGGCAAUGGCCACUGAAACGAAAGCGGAAACAAAAACGGAAACGGAACCACUGGCGACUCAAGCACAAAUCAACACAACGGAAAUAUCGUGCUUACCAAAAAAUUGUGUCCUGCAAAAAAUUUUACAUUUGCAAUUCUUGGUGAAGCGGCAUUUUCGUUACAUGGCCGAGGCGGGGUACGCCACACAAGUGACGACCACCUACAAUGCCCUCCGCACACUCCUCGCCCGGGAAAAGGAACAGACGCAGGUACAAGGGAUUGGCUACAUCGAUGGACUAGAAGCGGAACAGGCUUAUAUGCUGGGUGCCACAGCGCUGGACUGCUCGAUAAUGUUGACAUUUCGGGAAAUACAAUGCCAAAAUGUCAGUGCUAAGGAACUUGAACGUUUGGAGCCGUGGCAUGUGCAUUUGGCCAACUUUCAGCGUCACUUUAUAGCCAAAGUCAGCGUAUUGGAUCUCGAUCCAAAGCCUGAUAGCCACUUUCAUAAAUUUAUACAGCAAACGCGUGAGAUUGAAAAAUGCGACCAAGCAUUAAAUUAAUUAAUAAAGUUUGCAAAAAAGGAGAAAAAGUCCAAAAA